AUGUCUCCCAAAAGAAGUAUUAUCAGAAGCCAAAAAAUGAAACAAAAUGUUAUCCCUGUUGACAAAGUUGAAGUUGGUGCAUUAGCUCUAAAGACUAAUGCUAAACGUAAAGCUGUGGUAGCUCCAAUGAUCAUCUCUAAAUAUAAUUAA